UGUUGGCCAAAAUCGAUAUUUUUCAAAGGCGCACAAACAUCGGAGCAGAUAGAAAUAAAAUCCAAAUUAGGUGAUUUAGGAAGUGAGUCGGUUCUAGGAUAGAGAUCAGUGUCGGGAGAUGAAGUAACGGCGGAGGGAGCUCUCAGAGUAUUGCCACAUACUAGCCAGCCAGCGCCAUGGCCAAGCCUCACUCUGAUGCAGACGCCUCUGGCCUGGGCUAUGCCUACCAGCUGCCGUCCGGCGGCCUCCUGCUGCGCCUCAAGUCCUCCCUAUCCCAAUUCAGCGAUCUGUUCAGCGACUUUAGCAGAUAUAUCUCGCCUGCUUACCACCACGACCGUUGCGAGAGGUCCGUGCACAUGCGACUCUACUCGAUGCACAAGCGGGAGUUCGUCAUGGUCUUCCUGGGCUUCUUCACCUGCUUCGGUUUGGGCAUUGUUAUCGGGCUGACGGGUCCGCCCAUUACCAGCACUUCGACACUCACAGCCCAGCAGAUACUGGCCAACACCUCGCUAGCCCACAGCACCACCGUCCUGGCCACCGGACCGUUUGCCAUGAAGUCACCUCUGACCACCACCUACUCGCAGCAGCUGUGGCUGAUUGCCAAACUGGUGACGGGCAACAAUGAUGAUGAGCGCUAUGACAAGAGUUUCCAGGUCAGUGUUUCCAUCGAUGGAAUCAACGAGCAGCACAAGCCCCAGAACGUACUGGGCUCUGGCGUGGCCCACAAUCGGACUAGGCACCUGCUCUGUGUGCGAAACGAUUGCGAAGAGUUCACAGUGAUGCACCUGGGAUUCCUAGACUAUGCCCACUACAUCAUCACCGUUCGAUUCUUUGGGUUGGAGUCCUUCCACCAGAAGUACAACAUACGUAGCAUUACGUUCUAUUUCAAAACCUAUAGCCCGGAGUUCACACAGAUUGAGAUUUGGUUCAGGUGCAUCUUCCUGCUCUUCACCUUCAUUGUUAUCUGCUGGUAUGCUCACACUCUUCGCAAAUAUCCUGUCUACGAUUGGUCCAUUGAGCAGCGUUGGUUGUCCGUCCUGCUGCCCCUGCUCCUGCUCUACGACAACCCAUUCUUUCCGCUGAUAUUCCUAAUGAACUCGUGGCUGCCUGGAAUGCUGGACGCCAUUCUCCAGGCCACCUUCCUUUGUGCCCUGCUGAUGUUCUGGCUGUGCAUCUACCAUGGUCUCCGCCAGAACGAGCGCAGCUUCGUGCGCUUCUACCUGGUGAAAGUGAUCGUCGUCCUGCCCAUCUGGCUGUGUGCCAUCGUCUUGGCCACCUGGGAGAAGUGCAACGAACUGAGAGAUCCCACAUACAGCCACUUCGUGGACACAAAGAACUACAAUGGCUUUAAGAUGUUCUUCUACAUAGCCUGUUGCAUGUACGUGCUAUACUUGGUGCUGUUGAUCCUACGCGCCUACACCGAACUCCGAUCCAUGCCCUAUUUUGAUAUGCGCCUGAAGUUCCUCACGCUCCUCAUGCUGUUCGUCCUGUCCAUAUCCAUCACAGUAACCACGAGCCGGUUUGGCUUCGGCAUCCUCGAGGACAACUUUGUGGCCUCACUGAACACCACCUACCGCAGCUCGGCACAGUUUAUGUGCUUCUAUGGGCUGCUCAACUUCUACCUGUAUACCAUGGCAUAUGUGUACUCUCCGGACGGCCGAUUCGCCCAGGCCGAAUUGGCUGUUACCAAGGAUAAUCCAGCCAUUUCCAUGAUCGAUGACUCGGACGAGGAUGUUGUGUACGGCUCCGAUGAGGAGUCACGCCGCCCUCUCACUUCCGUCGGCGGCGGAGCUGGGAAAAACGAUUAUGACAGCGAUUGAUCGGUGGCCGAAGAUGAUCCCUGGUCGGAGGAGUGGAUUUCAAAAUGUUCCAUUGCGCAAGAGCAUGAGUGUUGUAGUGCUAACUAAGUGUACAAAAAACUAUUCUCUA